AUGUCCUCCACCCUUGCGCCGCCAGCGCCGGCAUCAGUCUCAGAGCUUCUGACGUUGAUAAUAACCACAUCGCCAACCCCGUCCGCGCCUUUGACAGAACUCUUGGAUGCUGUCUUCAAAUCCAUCCGCCUUCACUGCAGUGACCUGUUGUCGUGCCGCAUCAUCGUUGUCUUGGACACGUAUGAGCGCAUAGGUGACGUGCCGAGGCUGAAGAAGGGUCAGGUGACGGAGAAGGGCGCAGAGGAGUAUGCAGAGUACAAAGACAAUGUCAAGAAGCUCGUGCUAAGAGAAUACGACCAAUAUGAGAGUCCUGGGGAAUUGAGUCGAGCGCAAGGAGACGCAGAGUAUGGCUACAACGGACGGGCGGCGACCGUAACAACGAAUUCGGCGACAUUUACCGUAAGCCUGACAAAGGACUUCCGGGUUUCUUUCGUCGAGCCGUCAGAGAGGCUGGGUUUCGGUCUCGCGGUGCGGACAGCCUUGAGAAUAGCGACAACGCCCUACGUUUGGGUCCACCAGCAUGACUGGACGCUCGUCUAUGACAUUCCCGUAGCGCCAAUACUCGACGUCAUGAAGACACAGGACUCAGAUGAAGAGAGCCCGGUGAAAUAUGUCUGUCUUGCUUCGGUACGGAUGCUGAAAUAUGCCGAGACUGCCCACGCGCAAGAGUUCCCGCAUCUAAGAGCGUUGACGGCCAAGCUCAGGCGAAAUUUUACAUCCAAAUCACAUCCGGGGACGCAGGUGCCGCUGACUCCCAUGUUCUUCUGGCAUGAUAAGCCGCACAUCGCAGCUACGGACCAUUACUUGACGCGCGUCUUUCCGACGCGGCUGGCGAUACCUAGAGGGGCGUUUAUCGAGGAUACGAUCGGACAUCGGGCGCGGACUCAGAUGAAAGAGCAGGGCAUGUGGGCGAGAUGGGCUUUUGUGUCUCCGGCACUUGGAUGGUAG